AUGAAACCCUGCGCUUCCGUCAGGCGCUACGCCUUCGACCGACGAUCCCUGGAGCAGCAGCUGCGGACCUUUGCCGUGCAGCAGGCGGAAUGCUCGGAUCCCAAGGACCGGGCGAUGAUCGAAGAGACGAUCCACAGCUGGUUUGGAGAUGUUGAGGUGUGCAACCGCCAGAUCCGUGAGACGAUCGGAGACAAGGUCAUGGCCUCGCUGGGUCCGGCCCGCCACUACCCGACGCGCAUGCUGGUACCCAUCCUGCUGAGUCAUGUCUUCACCAACGUCGACUACAUGGCCGGCAGUUGGUACGACGACGGCACCGGCUGGAAACUGGCUGGGCCGCUGGUAGGCUUCGGAACUUGGGUGAUGUUGAUGGUUCCUCUCAGCUUUCGGCUGUGCCAUUGCUUUGUUGAUCGUCGCCGGACCAGGUUCAGGGACUCGCUGCUCAACUGCGCCCUUGCAAUGCUGGUCACCAUUGGAUGGCUGGGUGGAUGGUACGUCAACUACUUCUUUGUCGGCUUCGAGAUGCUUCCUCCCUGGCUUUCCAUACCGGUGCUCGCAACCCAAUUUCUCUUGCUUGGCCUUUUGCAGCGCGCCUCGUGCCGCUGCCGAUGCAGAGCUCGCAGUGAGUAG